GUGCCUACCGAGAGGUCGUGGUUAUGAUGCCGCUGGUGCUGCUGCUCCUGCUGCUGCCCCAGCCGCAACCGUCCGUGUCUGCCGAGAAUCCGCCACCAUGCAACAGCAACAUCUAUUGCUAUGGAGAUCUCCUGCACACGGUACAAAUGGCCUCCGUACACGACGAUUCCAAAACAUUUGUAGACAUGAAGAUGAAAUUCUCUCCAAAUGAAACACUGGAACGUUUUGAAAAAUUCAUGAACAGAACAAACAGAAUGCCAGAUAAACUUCAAGUCGAACUGUUUGUGAAUGCUACGUUCGACCCUCCUGGCAGUGAGUUUGAGCCAUGGGAUCCAGUGGACUGGGUAGAAAAUCCAGCUUUCCUGGACAGAAUCAAUGACCCAUUGUACCGCGAAUGGGCAUCAGAGCUGAACCAUUUUUGGAAAAACCUUGGGAGGAAGAUUAAGGAUGACGUCAGGGAACAUCCGGAACAGUACUCAAUUAUUUACGUUCCGAAUCCAGUGAUCGUCCCCGGAGGUCGAUUUCGUGAGUUUUACUACUGGGACUCCUACUGGAUCGCAAGAGGUCUCCUGUACAGUGAAAUGUACGCCACCGUUAAAGGAAUGCUGAAAAAUUUUCUGGAAAUUGUCAACACCUAUGGUUUAGUACCAAAUGGUGGGAGGAUUUACUACAUAAUGCGUUCACAUCCUCCAUUACUCAUACCUAUGUUCAAAAGCUACUAUGAAUUCACAAAGGACAUUGACUUCUUGAACGAGAGUAUAUCAACACUGGAGAGAGAAUUUGACUACUGGAUGAAGAAUCGUACUGUGACCGUCGAGAAAGAUGGAGUGAAGUACACCUUGGCGAGAUACAGCGACGAUUCAAGCGGGCCUCGUCCAGAAUCAUACAGUGAGGAUGCCCAUAACGCAAGGAUCUAUAAGACAGUGAAAGAGAAAAAUGAGUUUUAUUCUGAACUCAAAGCUGCUGCAGAAUCUGGAUGGGACUUUUCUACAAGGUGGUUUAUGCUAAAUGGUACAAAUAAAGUUUUAGAGAAUAUAGAGCUCUGCCCCCCCGCACAUAGAGUACAGCGGGAAGCGGAGCAAGUCCAAGAAGAUACCCUCCCCCCCAAUAGUGUAGUCAAUUCAACGAGUGAAAAGGAAUGUAGAGGGAACCUGACACUGCUAAAAACACGGGAGAUCAUUCCAGUUGAUCUAAAUGCCUUUAUUUACUGGAAUGCAAAAAUUUUGGAGGACUUCUGGCGAAUGCUUGGCAAUCCAACCAAAGCUGAAUACUACAGAGAUAUAGCAGAAAAAUGGAAAGAGGCUGUAACUGCUGUCCUGUGGCAUGAUGAAGUUGGUGCCUGGCUUGAUUAUGAUAUGUUAAAUGAUAUUAAACGUGAUUAUUUCUAUCCAAGCAAUAUUUCACCAUUAUGGACAGGCUGCUAUGAUAAAAAUGACCAUACAAAAAUUGGAAAAAUCCUGAAAUAUUUAGAGAAGAGCCAGGUAAUGAGUAGUCGAGGAGGUAUACCAACCUCACUUGAACAUUCAGGUGAACAGUGGGACUAUCCCAACGCAUGGCCUCCAUUGCAGUACAUAAUGAUCUAUGGCCUUGAUCAGACUGAUGAUGAAUGGGCUCAAGGUCUGGCACUUGAAAUAGCAGACAUGUGGGUCAGAUCAAACUUCAUUGCUUUCAAUAGGACAAAAUGUAUGUAUGAAAAGUAUGAUGCCACCCUCAUUGGUGUUGGGGGUGGAGGUGGAGAGUAUCGUGUACAGCUUGGUUUUGGCUGGACAAAUGGUAUUAUUUUGGAGCUGUUGAAUAAAUAUGGCCAUCAACUGCAAGUUGUUGACAAAUUUAAAGCAAAAGCUGAACAGAGCACAGCAUCUGGUGUGCAAGCUAGUGGAGGCCAAGUGUUAACAGCAGUGCUUGUUCUUCUCGGCACAUUGGCUAUCGGCAGCAUAGGGUUGCUGAUGUAUAAGAGAUGGGCUCAAACUACCACAUCACCAACUGCAGCCAGAACUCAGAGAAAGCGUGGAAUCUUCCCAAAGCUUUGUGGAGGUUAUACAGAAUUAAAGGAUCUCAACUUUGACUAAGUUUUAUCAUAGUUAGUCAGGUAUAUGGUUGAUUUCCAGAGUUCACUAUGGAAUCUUGUGAGUGUAUUUGAAUCAAGGAAGAAAGUUGAUAAAAUUGUAAUAAAUCAGUGAGAAUGCAUUAAGAACAAUCAGUAUGAAAGCAUUUACAUUUAAAUAUGUUUAUGCUAUGUACAAGAAGAAAAGAAACUAGUUGUGUGAUGUUCCUAUAUGUCUUAUCUGAAAACUUGCCACUACAAUAAACUGGCUCAGUCAUUAUUAUUUUUACAAUGAAUCAGUUGCUCAAUAUUUAUGUCAGACUGAAUUGCCAGGACUAUUUCUUAAUGUGAAUGUGACAUUUUUGAGUUAGAUAUAUUUGUUCAUGUUGAACAAAGGAAUGAUUGUAGUAUUCUGGCAAAACUGCCUGAGAAGUGAGUGCCAGGAUAUGAUUACUUAGACUGUACGGUCUAUUUGCCAACUUCGUGCCAUAAAAUAUGUCUUUGCUAAUUCGUGAUAAAUCAGUGACAAUAUUUCCAUGUACAAGUCAGUAGGAUUUUGUACCUCUACAUAUGGGACAGUUACAAUGUAAUAAAUUUAUUGGUGUUUUGUAUAAACAUUUGUGAAGCAGUACAUGUAUGAUUCAAGAUUAUUUUAAUCACAAUAUAUUAAAGGUGAUAUAGUGUCUUCUAUGUAGAAAUCCCACACUAUCCAUGUUAACACCGUAUAUCUCUGACUUACUCAUUUGAUGUAAAAAUGUUAAAUAUUGAAACAGAGAUGAGCACAAUAAAAAAAACUUCACAAACAUAACUCAUGCUGCCCUGCCAAGACAGAUUUGUCAAUUAGUCAACUUACUGGCUAGUAACACUUGCCCCAGAGGGAUUUGUUAUGAAAUUUCAAAAUUUUUGUCAUUCACCAGUAAACUAACAUGAGCUACCACAUCCCCCAGCCCCCUUCCUCCUCAACCAUUACUGUCUCCUGUCCUGGGUACACUCUUGCAAAAUUACUGGAAAAAUCUUCACAAGCUGAACUGCUACUGCCUUGUCAAGACAGAUUCAUCAAUUUUUGUCAUUCACCAUCAAUUGUGAGAUAAUAUGAGUCCCCCCCCCCCUUCUCCUUCCUCAAACACUACUAACUCAGAUGCUGGGUACAGUCUUGCAUACUGUGCAUAUUUAUAUAGAACAAUUAUUACUGAAACAAGAAGUUGUGAUCUGUAUUCUUACCAAAAAUCACAAGAUAACCAAUCUGCAGCAGUUAGUAUGGAAAUGCUGCAGUUAAUUGUUUAUAUUGGUUAUAUAUUACAUCUACAAGCAAAAAAUAUGAUUCUGAAGGAGGAAGGUAGAAUGUCCAAUUUAUUCAUACAUUCAUUGGAUGAAAAUUGAGCAGACUUUUCUAUUUUUAGUGCACACAUUUUUAUCUCAGUUUGAUUAUUUUUUAAACAUUAAUGUACUAAUAACUGCUGUCUGCUCACUGUGAUAUUUAAGAGAAGUGCACCAAAACUGAAAAGUUUAAUCUCAUAUGAUGAGAUAUUUUGAAGAACAUCAUACAUAUAAAUAGGAAAUUCUGACUCCAAUUUCUGUAUUUAUAAAUUUGUAUCACUAUGUAAGAAUAUUAUCACCUUAUUGACAAGCACUGUAUUUUGGAUGACCUCACCCCCCCCCCCCUGCCUCCCCUCUCACCGCCACAUCUCAUGUGUUUUUAUGUUAAUGGAUAUACUAUAUUGUAUAAAUGUAAUGUAACUCUGAUGAUCAUCUGAAAAUGGUUAUUUUUUGAUGUAGCAUGCAUUUGUUGAUUUGUAUUAUUUUAUAAGCCACAGGUUACCAUUUAUGUUAUAGUAUGACAGUUCUCACAUAAUAGUUCUCACUGACUAAAAUGAAAUAAUAAAUCACCCCGGUAGUAAAAUUAAGGCAUUCCUCACACUGUCAUGGUUGUUUGGCAGGUGGUGGUGCCACAGUGCCACAAGAGUGAUGGCAGAGCAGUGUCACCAUUUGUGCACAUCAUAGUGAAAGAGGCAACAAUCCCAUGUUGUCAACAAAGAUCAGGCUCUUCUGUUACACUAGUCAACAGCAGUUUUGCCAGAAGGAAUAUGAAUGACUUUUUUUAAAACAUUUGUGGGUCUCGUAUUCGAAAAUGAAAUCAAUUUCUGCUUAUCAGGCUCAGUUUUUCAUAUCUCAUAACCCUCUAUCUACCAAAAUACUCAGAAAAAAUCCUUGGUUAUUCUGUGGGGCUUACUUUAACUGUUCUUCACAGGUAACUGAUGAAAAAUAAAUAUUAUGUGCCAGGUAUUCUCACACAUGACACUUUGUUCAGAAAUCCAUCUCCAGAAAAUAUGGAGGUUUAGCAACAUUGCUGAGUAGUCAUACUCAAAUGCCUUGUACCUUUGUAUGUAGUACAAAUUCUUUUUCUAUAAAUGUGGAGUGUAGGCUCUUAUAUGAAAACUUAAACCUACCUCCACUUAUGCUGUUUGACAUGCUACACUAUUGAUUUAGUAGUUAAAAGAAUCACAUCACACAGUCUUCACUGUUUCCAUGAUAUGAAGAACCAUUGGAUCACACAGAAGAUUAUUAUUCUGAACUCACAAAAAUAAUUACAGUCACCUCAGAAACAAAAACAAAAUUGCAAUACCCCAGUUUUCUACUCGCCUGUCAGUGCCAGUGAUCAUUGAAAACAUGAUAGUGACAGAAGAUGAAUACAGUGAUGAACACACAGAAACUAGAAAAGGAUAUAUGAAUCCUGGCCCAGUAUUGAAAGACCUUUGUUAUCCACAGAGACAGAUAAAAUGGUGAUUGUGAUAAAAAUGAGAAUACUGCCCACACAGAAGAAUUAAGAUUAUGGACUGUAAUAAAAGAGAGGUGAAUUCAUACAUAUGGAAGAUGUUUAGACCUUAGAUCAGAAACAGCAGUGGCAAAAUCAAAAUGAUAUCAAAUCAAUGUAAGCCUGCAGGCUUUUGUGUCAUUGACCAUAAAAUCUUCAGAGUCAUUAGGUUGUGCCACACUCCUCUUCAAACUUCUUUACUGCUUGACAUUUUAGUUCCUCUGCUGGAAUCUUCUUCAUGAUUCUAUUGGUGCCUCUGGGUUGCUGGGCACUGUCAAAAGACAGUAUUGUGUUUGCUUUUAAAAGGCUUAUUCUGCUGUACUUUUUUAAAUAUGUGGAGUUACUGGAAAAAAUUUUCCAGCUGCAAUUGAUGGACCAUUAUAACUGGAUAAAUACUGGAAGCAGAUGCUGACAGAGAGGAAGAAAAAUACCAUUCUUGACCCAAACUGAGUGGUAAUAAACCUCUCAUCUGAGGAAUUCAGUGAAUAAGCUAUUGCAAUGGUGAGCAAAGGUCUUUAUUUCACGACUACACCAAAGAGAAGACCCACAGACGAAAUCAUCAGUGCUAUUGAAGAAUUUUUAUUCACUCACUUGAAGUUUCAGAAUGAGGAAAUAAGAUAGUAUGUUUCAAUAAUUUUAAGUCAAGUGAAACCAUUCUAGAACAACACAUUCACAUGGAAAAGGAAAGCUCCUAAUGAACUAAAGAAACAUGAAUCCAUUGUUGUCACUAGAGCAGAUAACAGAAAUGUGACUCCUGUUUUGUAUACAGCUGAAUACCACAAGAAGGUAGAACAACUAUUGGUGGAGCAAGUGUGCUGUAACCUCAAAUAUGAUCCAACAAACAAGAUUGUUAGGAAACUGAAAAAUCUCUUAUCAGACUCCAUAAUGGGCAGCUCUACUAACAACAAUCUGAUGUGAAAUUCACUUGUCUUACCUAGAAUAUAUGGCCUACAGAAGGUUCAUAAGAGAAGAAAGGAAGAUUAUAGUUUAAUAUCCCAUCAACAGCUCAGUCAUUACAGAUGGAGCUUCACAAAGAAGGUUGUCCACUGAGACCAAUAGUGAAUAGUAUUAAUUCUACAAUUUAAUUUUUAGCUACACAUUUAUCAGGAAAACUAAAGUAUCUUGUGAGAAAAAUGAAUUCUUUUGUGAAGGAUUCAACAUUUACUCAAAAUAUUAUGCACAGUUGAAGUACUGCUACUGACAUACUUGUGAACUUUGAUGUCAAUUCCUUAUUUACAGACAUCCCAGUAGCAGGUACUAUGGAGAUCAUUGGGAACAAAAUUGCUCUGAAUAUGUGUGACCAGGUCAAAUUAUGUUGCAGUUAAGUUAUCUUAAAUAUAAAAAGGAAUUUUAUGCACAAUGUGAUGGUGUUGCUGUGGGCUUAACUAGUUACCUGUAGCAGCUGGCAUUUUUAUGGAGUAUUUUGAACAAAAGAUAUUAAUUAAGUAAUGGAGAACUAAAACUGUCUUGUUGGCUCUGCUGUGAUGAAGCCAUGGUUGUAUGGCCACACAACAGGAAAGAGCUACAUAAAUUCCAUUAUUUUCUGAAUAACAUCCUUCCAAAAAUCAGCUUCACCAUAGAUAUGGAGAGUGAGGUAGUCCUUCCAUUUUUAGAUGAGUUUAUCUACAGAAGACAUGAUAAUACUCUAGGCAAUAAGUUUAUAGAAAACCUACCAACAUAAACAGGAAUCUAGAUGCUGCUUCACACUACCACCCAACCCAGAAACAAGCUGCUCUGAACACUCAGCCCUUAUGUGUAUUCAGAAUCUGUGACAGUAAGAGCUUGCAAUCAGACCUAAAUUCCCUUAGAGGAACAUUAAUGGCUGAUGGUUAUGAUGACCUUUACAUAAAUAUGGCUUUCAAAUGAAGUGAUAAUAAUUCUAACAAUAACAAUAAGAAUAUUAACAAUGAAAACAAGAAGAAUGAGAAACAUCGUGAACAUUCAAAAGGUUACUGUUCUGCCUAGAGUAACUGACCACAAAGGCAGAAUCCUCUGGGACACUGGGUUAAGGACUAUGUUUUUCUAGUCAACACAAGGCAAAACACUUCUUCUAAUCUAUAACACAUGUGCCUGGCUGCUUCAACACUGUGGGAGUAUACGAAGUGAUGUGUGAUUGUGGUAAAGUAUAUAUCAAACUAGAAGCAUAGUAAAAGAUGGAGUUAAAGAGCAUAAACCCCACACAUGUUUAAGACAAAAGAAAAAAUAAGUCAUAGUGGCACACCAAAAAGAAUGCGACCAGGUUAUGGAUUUUAAGAACAUAUGUGUGCUACCUAGAGAAAGUAAUAUUUAUAGGAGGAAUGUCAGUGAAACAGUCAAAAUAUCUAAGAAUUCUUCAUGGUUGCUUGCUAUAAUGGAAGUAAAUAUCAAGCCACAGUGAGCAAUGAACAUAAACAGCUACCAGGAAACAGCUGAGGUAACACAAAAACAAUAAUAUUUUGGAUUCCCCCACUCUGUCGCCACCUGCUUUCAGUAUUUACCCAAUGGUGACAGUCCGACAAUAGUAGCUGGAAGAUUUUUAUCCAGUAACUCCACUUCUUCGAAUAAUGCUUAAAAAUAGCCUUUUUAUUAGUGAAUGUGACAUUAUCUUUCAAUAGUGACUGCCAUCCAGGAACACUAUUGUAAUCCUGAAGAUGAGGGGUAGAAAUGGUGAGCAGUGAAGUAGUUUGAAAAAUAUGACACAUUCUAAUGAUUCGGAAGACUUUAUCAUAAAUUAUAGGGAAAUUUCAGAAAAAAGAGUUGGUGAGUGCAUCACAUCAAUUUAAAAAGAAACCAUACUAAAAAUUUAUGUUUACACUGCAAGUUUAUCUAGAUUACAAAAGGUUUUAUAUUGCCUUCAGAAUGGCCUGCGGUUAUUUUACUUCAAUUUUGAAUAAUAUUAAUCACAUUGAAUCACUGUGAAUCAACAGCCCUAAAAAAACAGUGAUCAUUAUGUUAUUAUUCCUUAAAUUUAAAUGCCAUUACUUGACUGUAAGCUGAACUGAUCCCACCUAAUCAAUACCAAUAAGAGAAACAAACAGUUCCUAUCUAUAAUCAAUGUUACAAAAAGGAUAAUGUACUUAUGCCUUUCACAUUAGACAGUGCAUGUAUUGAACAUUAUUAAAUUCAUCUGUGUUUACACUUUCAUCAAACUGAAGUUAACAUACUACUACCAGUACAAGUUACUAGAUGUUGUUACAUUGUUACAUUAGUUUAGUCUAGACUGAAAAUAGAUAUGACUUUGCUUUCAGUUAUAAAAGUAAUUUCAGUAUGUUAGCCAUAUUUCUUACACAGCAAUGUAUCACCUAAAGUGCACCAGACAUAAAAUACCAUAAUACCACUUUCAGUGCAAACACUAUGAAUAUGUUACUUAAAUUCAAGACACCAUAAUAACUAAGACUAAUUGAGAAGAUAACUAGUAUAUUGUCAAGUAGUGCUGUGAGACUACAAAAUAUGGAAUUAUCAACUUUUCUAAGUAAAAAGUUUUGUGAAAAUCACUUGAGAAAAAAUCUGUUAGGUACUCUGUUAUGACCACAGACACUCUUCAGUGUUGUUUGUUGUGCAGUUUCUCCUUUGCCAAUGUGGGAAUUGCCUUAUACAAUCAAGGGAACUCUAAUUAUUGGGCAGUUGUAUAGUUCUGCAACAAAAACAGAAUAGUUUGAUUUUAAUUCAAAAUAAAAAUGUCUAGUUAUUUAUAUUUGAUACAUCUUUUGGAGAGGGAGAGAGAGUGGAGGAGGAGGGAAAUGGAGAGGGAGAGGGAGAGAGAGAGAGAAAGAGAGAGAGAAGAAAGACAGAGAGACAAGUAAUGUGUAGUUCCUGUGUGUUUGUACCUUCAUUAUUUAUAUCAAAGUAUACUGAUAUUUUUAAACAGUAUUAGAAUAAAUGUUUUGUUUGGAAUUAUGGCAAUGACUAGUUGUACUGACAUAUCUAGUGCUAUUGCAGAGAAAUGUUUCUAGUUUAAGGCCUUUCAAUAAAGAUAUGUUCAUUGUA